GCAAAACACUAGACAACCUUUGCUCCGCCCCCAAAUUUAAUUAAGCAGAGGAAAGUGUCAGGAUGGAUUCUGUUAUUUGCUUGGUCUUGAAAAUUGCUUUGGCGGUUGUUCUAGUGUCCAAGAUUUUGCAAGUGUUUAGGAUUGUUGUGUGGAGGCCACAUGCCUUGACGAAAAGCUUCAAGAAACAAGGAGUCACAGGCCCUCCAUACUUUCUCCUUAAGGGUUCUCUUGAUGAGGUGAAGAAGUGGAAGAAAGCAGCCAGGGAAAUCAUAUUGGACACAAACUCAAAUGAUAUUUUUAAGCGUGUUAUCCCACACUACUAUAUAUGGUCCUUAAAAUAUGGAGAGACAUUUCUGUUUUGGCAUGGAACACAACCCCAUCUUUGCAUUUCAGACCCCGAGCUGGCCAAGCAAAUACUAUCAAACAAAUUUGGUUUCUAUAAUAAACCGUGCGUGAAUCCUUUUCUACAGACAUUAGCAGGAAAGGGAUUACUUUUUAUGAAUGGACUAGACUGGGUUAGGCGCAGAAGAAUUGUUAAUCCUGCCUUCUCUUUGGAUAAGUUGAAGGCUAUGGUAAAGAGAAUGGUGGCAUGUUCACUAUCCAUGUUUGAAGAGUGGAAACAUCAAGCUGAGUUAGCUGAGAACAACUGUAUAAAGAUAGAGAUCAAUGAGGAAUUUCAAAAGCUAACAGCUGAUAUAAUUGCACACACUGCUUUUGGAAGCAGCUAUGUCCAUGGAAAGGAGGCUUUCAAGGCUCAAAGAGAGCUUCAAAGAUGGUGUGCAGCUUCAAAUGCCGAUGUUUUCAUCCCUGGCAGCCAAUAUCUCCCCACUCCAUCCAACCUUCAAAUAUGGAAGCUUGACAGGAAAGUAAAGGGUUCACUAAGCCGCAUCAUAGAGAGUAGAUUGAAAUCCAAAAUCACCGGUGGUGCAGAUUUUCCUUACGGGGAUGAUCUACUCGGUGUGAUGAUGGCAGCUAUAGAACCUACUCAAUCUAAUCGAAAUUUCAAGUUGCAAAUCGAUGAAAUCUUGGAGGAAUGUAAAACUUUCUUUUUCGCAGGGCACGAGACAACUUCCAAUUUAUUAACUUGGACAAUGCUCUUGUUGAGCAUACAUCCAGAAUGGCAGUCAAAACUCAAAGAAGAGGUCUUAGAGGAAUGUGGGAUGGGCAUUCCAGAUGCUGAUAUAUUGGCUAAGCUGAAAUUGCGCUCUUACCAGAUGAACAUGGUUCUACUGGAGAUCUUGAGACUGUAUUGCCCAGCCAUAGCGUUGGUCAGAGAGGCAUCCGAGGACAUGAAGUUGGGGAACCUGAUGAUCCCGAAACAUACACGUCUAACAAUUCCAAUCGUGAAGAUUCAUCGAAGCAAAGAAUAUUGGGGAGAAGAUGCAAAUGAGUUCAAUCCAUUGAGAUUCAAGGGUGGGAUCUCCAAAGCCGCAAAACACCCAAAUGCAUUAAUGGGCUUUUCAGUUGGUCCAAGGACUUGCAUUGGGCAGAAUUUCGCAAUGCUGGAAGCCAAAGCUGUGCUUGCACUGAUUCUUCAGAGGUUUUCAUUCUCUCUCUCCCCUGACUACAAACAUGCCCCAACAGACGUCCUUACUUUACAGCCAGAACAUGGUCUCCCUAUUAUUAUAAAACCUCUUAACAUGUGAAAUACUAGCAAAACUUGCUUACAAAUUAUUGGACUUUUUUCUCUGCUUCUAGUUUAAGGUUGUGCGAUUGUGUUUUUUAUAGAUAGUAUUGCAGCCUCAUAGUCAUUGGACUUGGAGCCUAUUUGGCUUCGUGAUUGAAUUGUCUUUGAUCGCAAUCAUCAAAUUUGAUUGUACAUUCAAUGACAAGCAAAAUAUAAAAUCCCUAUUAAUAUCUAGU